AUGUCCCUAGUUGGAUGUGGUGCUGAUGGCGUUUUGGACAACAUUCAGGGUCUAUGUCAAGGUGAAAUCUCGUGUGAACUUGCUGCCUCCAACGGUAUCUAUGGAGACCCGUGUCCAAACACAUUUAAAUAUCUCGAAGUGACCUACAGUUGUUUGCCAGAACCAUCGACAACCGUAGCUGUCUGUGAACUGAAAACAACAACAAUCAUCUGUCGUCCAGAAAGAAUAAACGUGAUUAGCGCACGUUACGGACGAUUUGACAUAGUCACGUGUGAACAUCCGGCUAUGUCCCAAGUUGGAUGUGGUGCUGAUGGCGUUUUGGACAACAUUCAGGAUCUAUGUCAAGGUGAAACCUCGUGUGAACUUGCUGCUUCCAACAGUAUCUAUGGAGACCCGUGUCCAAACACAUUUAAAUAUCUCGAAGUGACCUACAGUUGUUUGCCAGAACGUUAG